AUGGAUAUAUCGGCCCACAGCUUUGCUAGCGAAGUAGUCAACAUCAUUGAACAAAUCGCGAAAAGCCGAUUUAUUGCCUUUGACUUUGAGUUUUCCGGUGUCGCUGCAAGAAGGCAAGGCGGAGGUUCAGGCAAGCUGAAUCUGCAGGAGUACUACGAAGAUCUCAGAUCGGCCGCCCAGAUCUACCAGAUCUUGCAAGUCGGUCUGACUGUCGUCACCGAGGAUGUUGACAACGUCCGGUACAUCACUCGACCCUACAAUUUCAACCUGAGCCCGCUUCCAGCGUUCAAAGAGUCUAUUUUCAAAAGGACAUGGUCCUUCAACAGCGGGGCAGUGUCAUUCUUGAUCAGGAAUGGAUUCGAUAUCAGCCUUCCAUUGACAAGUGGUGUCCACUACCUCUCGCGACAGGAAGAAAAUGAAGUCCGCCGUAAAAUGAUGCAAGACGAUGAGGCCAGACUGAAAAUUCCAGACAUGGUAUUGAAGGACGAUGAUACCCUGUUGGUGGACUACAUCAAGAGUUCGAUCAGUGACUGGCAGGCAUUACCCAAAGAUCAGCAAGACUCGUAUCUCAACAUCCCUGCUGAGAAUGUCAAAUUUCCAAUACCCGCUACUUUCAACCGGUAUCAGGUUCGACUCACCCAUCAGAUUGUCAGGAAUGAAUAUCCCGGCCUCAAGACUUGCGGCAUGGGCCACUUCGUACAAAUCACCAAUCCCACUAACAAGCAACAGGAGAACGAAAAAGAAGUGCGACAUCAACAACGAGAGCGCGACAUUGCUAAUGCUGUGGGAUUCCGCUGGAUACUGGAGGCAAUCAUGGGAGGUGACAUAACCAAAAUGCCACAUCACUAUGUGCGAUCAGCUUUCUCAGAAGCAAAAUGCCCUAAAGACAUUGCCACGUUUCUCCGAGAACUGCAGGGACGGCUUCAACGUCAUACGAGAGCAAUCUUUGGACAUAAUUGUUUCACUGACGUGAUCAAUCUCUACAGAUGCUUUUUUGGCGAUCUUCCCGAAAGAGUUGAGGAUUUUGGUCAGAAAUUACACGAAUUGUUCCCUCUCAUUCUCGACACUAAACACUUCGCUACAUUGGGAAGUAACCGCUGGGCAAACACUGCUCUGAGUUCGGUAGAGGAGGAUCUAGCAACUGAAACAAAGCCUGUCAUAUAUGUGCCUCCGCAAUUUGAACGGUAUCGACACUCGGCGGUUUUCCAUGAAGCGGGUUAUGAUAGUUUUGUCACGGCCAAGAUUGGUCUGAAACUCGUCGCCAGAUUGAUGAGAGAUGGCAACAAACUUGGUAUACUGCCCAAGAAAUCAGAGGGCAAAGGGGAUGCCAAGUCGCAGCUCCAAGAGGAGAACGCUGGAGGUGUGCCUCAAAUCGGCGAGAGCACUGGUAGCGAUGCAAAGAAUCUCGCCGACAAUGUCGUGUCAGCAUUGACAGCCCCUAUUGAAACAGUCCAGUCGAUUUUUACAGGGACAGAUCAUACCAAACCCGAGAACACAACCGACCCACAGGUAGUCGGUGGAAUGAAAGAAACUGUGGUUGCGGUCAAAGGUGUUCACGCAUCCGGCUCCAUGCAAAAGGUCAAAGUUGCGUCAUUAAAGUCCAACAUCUUUGAGUUGCUGGAAGAUGAGCCAGAGGAGUCAAAGGCACCAGAUAGUGAGGGAAGUGAGGGACUGGUCGCUUGCCAGAUAGAUGAUCUGGUCGAGAGAGGGGAGCUUAUUCCUCGAUGGGAUCAUGAUGGUGAUUUCUGGAGGAUUGUGGGAAAUAAAUUACAGACCAAUGCCUGUCAGGAGCCAUUCAUGGAUCUGAGCAAAGGAACCUGAGAGAAGGGGAGCCAUAAGUCCUUGUACCUUACAGUCAAAACUUCCGCUUACCUCUUAUGUAGUCGAAAUGAAGUCAAUGGUGAAUA